CAGGAAGCAGAGGAAUCAGAGAGGAAAGGAUCCGCGGAUCUGUCAGAGCAGAGGUGGCCCCGGCGCGGCCAGGACGCAUUUUACGCAGGAGCUGGAUGCGCUCCGGCGGGUGUGAGGGCUUCAUGGGACCCGGAGAGCCGAAGAGCAGCCACUUUCCUCCCAUCCAGAGUCGGGACCCCCCCACGGCCAUGCCACGAUGCUGAUCCUACCGGCGCUGCUGUUGGCGAGCCUGCUGGAGAGCGCGUCCCCGCGGGCGCACUGCGCGCCGCCGGGCCCGGGCUGCAGCGGCACCCGGGGGUGCGGCCCCCGACCCCGGGGGUGCGAGCCCCGGGAGCCCCGGGAGCCUCGGGAGCCCCGGCCCCGCAGGGACGCCGGGGGCCGCGGAGGCGUGUACGAGCACCUCGGAGGAGCUCCCCGCCGCAGGAAACUCUACUGCGCCACCAAAUACCACCUCCAAAUGCACCCUAACGGGAAAAUAGACGGCUCCCUGGAGGAAAACAACCCAUUCAGCAUCAUGGAAAUCACAGCUGUGGAAGUGGGUGUCGUGGCAAUAAAAGGGCUUUUCUCUGGGAGAUUUCUCGCCAUGAAUGAUAAAGGAAGGCUGUACGCAUCGGAAGUGUUCAACAAAGAGUGUGAGUUUGUGGAGCGCAUCCAUGAGUUGGGGUACAACACGUACGCGUCCCGGCACCACUCCACCGAGCAGCCUCUGUCCCCGGGAGGAGCAGGCAGCAGGCGGCGCGCCAGCGUCAAGAAGGAGUGGUACGUUUCCAUCAACGGCAAAGGCCGGCCGCGGAGAGGCUUCAAGACCAGGAGCACUGACAAAGCCUCGCUUUUCUUGCCUCGGUUGCUGGGCAACAAGGACCACGAGAUGGUGAGGAGCCUGAGAGACAGCCUGGGUGGACACCACCAGAUACGCCAGCGCGGCCGCCGCGGGGAACGCCGGAGACGCCGGCACCGCGCCAGGAAAGGACAGCGUCGACAGAGAGAUGACCCAGCAGACUUUUAGAGAGGGGGAUUCUGAUCAGACUUCAUCUCAGUCAUGGACACCGAUUCUUGGCACAUAUUGUAGCCUGUCUGCGAUGAAGGUUGUGGAAAAAUGACUUGGAUUCAAUUUCUCCCCCCUCUGGAUUGGUUGAUGUUUUGGUUGAUGCACAGAGAAAAGUAAAUCCAUAGAGGAAGGAAAAACUGGAAGACCACCCAAAGUGUUGGGGUAAAUAGGCCUUUUUUCACAUUGGCCACUUCCAGGAGACUGACUCCCACACGCUCCACCGCUGUAUAACGCUCCAUGUUCUCAAGUCUCACUCCUUUAACACAUGUAUUACAGUAAGAUAGCUGAAAAUAUCCAUCUUAUUGUGUAAAAAAAGCAAUGACUUUGCCAUCAACUGGACACUGAGUAAGUACCUUUGGGAGAGAUUGGUUCUGUUUAUGUAAAUACAGUUAACCUGGACAAGCAUCGCAAGCUUUUUUCCAAAAAUCAAAGCCCCGAUGACAAACAGGGCAUCACGUUCUCCUGUUUUGAAGUGCAAAUCUACCAGGACUGUAACUGAAGACGGGACUUUACACAGCAAAGCACUUUUUGUCAGAUUCACAUUAAGAAGCAAAAGGGAAAUGGGUGUGAAACAGGAACUGCUGUCUGUUCUUGGGACUUUCUUACAAUGUGAUAAUCUACUGUCUGUAAACUGAGAGAAGUACUUUGUAUAUUUUACUAAUGAUAUGAAUAUUUAUUUGGUACCUGAGCUGUAAGUUAUUG